UGUUUUGUCUCUGCCUCACCCAAGAGCGCGUCAACGCAUUGUUUCCGUGGAUCCAAGUGAAAAAAAGUCCAUUGUUGUUGCGAAGUUUUUAAUCUGGGGAUUUUAAAGUCCAUCACAUGCUCAGACUGAGCAGCGGGGCGCUUUACCACAACAGGCAAACUACUGCAAAAAUCCAUGUUGGAGAGGAAACUAUUCACCCCGAACGGAGAGAGGAAGACAUUGAAUUCACACUGCAUUCGUGCCAGUGCACUUUUGUUUGGGGGGACUUUGGGAUUGACGGAACAACUUUGUAGGAUAAACGUGACGGCCUGAGAAGAUGACGCUCAAGUACAGCCAGCGGUCGCUAAUAGUUCUGUCUUUACUGGGGAUGUUAUCGGCUGUCAUGUCUGUUUUAUCGGUUAUUUUGAUUUUCCAGCUUCAGUCCCAACACACGGCGGUGAAGGAGUCUCCCCCUUCCACGUCCUCGCUCAUACCCGCUCAUAUCUGGGCCGUCCUGCUGCCCGUCUCCACGGUGCUCUCCGCUCUCUCUCUCACCCUCCAUUUAAGCUCUGUGGCGGUGUGUCUUCUCCACAGCUACUUUUCAACAGAGGUCUGCAGAGGAGAGCAGGAUACUGAAAGAGCAGACUGGUUCCUUUUGGAUAGCAGAGCUGUACGACACGUGGCUAUUGGACUGUUUUGCCUGGGGGUUUCUGUCUACUUGGCAGCUAUGUCCAUCUUUAUGCUCCUCAUAUUUGAGGUGGAGACAGGCAUUGCAAGUGCUUGCGUACUCGCCUCUGGGAUCCUAAUCCUAUUGGUCGUUGUGAUCCACUCGCUGGUCAAAGCUUCUUGUAGUGCCAAGCACUAUCACAGCGACCACCGCGACACCCUCUUCCAGAAUGACCACGGAAGCAGCAGCGUGCCCGUCUCCCGCCACUGCGAGUUGAAAAUUGGCGUGGACAAACCGCGGAUGCAGCGCAGCCAGUCUCACCUCCAGCAUCAGAUCCCAUACCCUCAGUACGGCAACCAGAGGCAGCAACAAUACCAGCAACAGCAGUACUCCCCUGCUGAAGGUUCCCAGGGCCACACUGGUGAUAAAGACGGCUACAGCAGUGCUGGCAGUGGUCCCCGAAUGCACAGGACCCUGUCUACUGAAUCUGGCUUACUGCAGGCGCAGGGUAAACCCUGGAAUGGGGUCAACAACGAGAUGAGGAGUGUACUUGCACGCAAGUCAGGGAUUUCCGCAAAAGACUCUACUCUUGUGUGACAUAAGGGAAGCUGAGCUUGUUGUUUAAGAAACUGAUGACCUUCUAAGCAUCACUAGAGGACUGCUAACACAAGUGUCAUCUCAGACCGAUGUUGAACUGUCAGUUUGUACCU